AUUUUAGCAAUAAAAACGCUCCUGUCCAUUGCAUUAUUGUGUGACCUUGUAGAAACCUGAUUAUUUUCAUAUUUCAGUGAAUCCCAAUUUAAUAUUACAAUCGAUGUGGGUAUUCCAGUCAUAAAACUUCGGGAAAAAAAUAAAACAAUAAAAAAAUUUGCGAGCGACAUUUCUGAUAAUAUUCGACAGAAUAUCUCAAACAUUACAUCUCUGGAUUGGCGUGCUGUGAAUAUAUCAGAUGAAAUAGAGAAACAACUACAAAAACAGACUAAGAAUAUGACGGAAUGUCAUGCCUCUGGAAAGCUUUGUCCGUUGGGAUACAACUGUAAACGCUCUAAUGAAGACAGCUACACUGGAGUAUGUGUCCACAGAUGUGAUCUGGAAACGAUAGACUGUAAAAAUGACGGUCAUUGUAUUUUUGACUCUAUGAGGAAUAAAACAGUUUGUAGUUGUCAAUCGACUUGGUCAUCCUUGUAUUACGGCGCCGGUUGUGAGGACCAGACGGGGAAGUUAGAGACCGUGAUAGGGUUCACCCUGGGAUCCGCCUUGCUCCUGAUUGUAUUGGUCUUCAUGGCGCUUCUCUGUUGUAGACGAAGUCAUGGGGGUAUCAAAGAAUUCAGGCGACCUGGGGAUAAGUCUACAUUAGAGUCGGACUUCCUCUCAGAGACCGAUGGAGUUCAAUUCAUGGACAUCAACUACCGUAAAUCUACGAAGUUCAAUCCGAAUAGCUUUGAUGUCGAUCCUGUGGUAAAAGUUAUGGACACUGACCAAGCAGGCGGAAACGUUUCUGAAAUAUUAGAGACAUCAGGCUGCUCCACAAUUUCUUCGGAAAACUCGGACAACUUCAGUCAAGAACAUAAGCAUCGGGAGUCCAGUGACUCUAAGGUCAGACAGCCUGGGGAAGAAGAUUCUGUAUGUUCUACCUUUGUCCCCAGCGCCUCUCCUCCAGCAGUUACAUUGGAGAUUUCCAGAACUUCUACUGAAACAAACCCGGAGAACAGAAUUAAUCACGCACGAAAGUCUUUUCUGUUUGGGCCUUGAAAUUUUCAAUCCAUUAGAUUGUACAGGGGUAGCAUUUGUAUACUUGUUUUUCAUGGAAUUUUAAUGAACAAAUUAAAAGAGAGAAACUGUCAAAUGAAAUACCCCUCUCAGUAAAACAUCUGCAGUGUUUAAACAGAUAAUUAUCAAGUUUUGUAAUUUUUCUGCCUACAUAAACUAUGUUUAACGUUCUUGCAUUGGAUAAUAUUGUGAUGUAU